CCAUACCACCUGAAAGUGGCAUCGAUCCUGCAGACAUCCAGCUUGACUGGACACGCAUUGACUCACGUGCUAUAUACGCCUCCUACUGUCUCGCUAGCCCAUACACUCCUCCUGAGCAAGCUCUCGCCGCCAGCUCGUGCACACCUCCAGGCGAGCUCUCUCCCUCAAUCGCGCGCGCUCGACAUGGCCAGGCUGGCUCGCUUCCUCUGCCUCAACGGCGACGCCGCGAAGCCUUCGCCGCUGCCACUACCGCCCGCCGACGACGGCGACAUCUCUUCCCGGCGCGCCGAGGUGCAUGGCGCGGGCGGCGACUGGUCCGCGCUGCUCGACCCGCUCGACGCCGGCCUCCGCGGCGAGCUCCUCAAGUACGGCGACCUCGCCCAGGCCACCUACGACGGGUUCGACUGGCGCCACUGGUCCCCGCACUGCGGCACCUGCCUGCACGGCCUCCGCCGCCUUCUCCCGGAGCUCGGCCUCGCCGGCCACGGGUACGUCGCCACCGCGUUCGUCUACGCCACCUGUGACGAGGGCAGGGCCCCGCGCUGGCUCCGGCGGCAGCUCCACGGCCAGGCGUGGGAAGGGCACGCCAACUGGAUCGGGUACGUCGCGGUGGCCGGAGCCGCCGAGGCAGCGCGCGCCGGGUAUCGAGACAUCGCCGUCGCGUGGCGGGGCACCAUCGCGCCGGGCGAGUGGCUCCUGGACAUGCGGACCAGGAUGGUGCCGUUCGAGGUCGACGCCGGUAAGGACAAGGGCGCCAAGGUUGCCAGGGGGUUCUACAGCAUGUACACGUCCAAGAACGCCGGGAGCAAGAACGGCGAGCGCAGCGCGCGGGAGCAGGUCGCCGGCGAGGUCGCGCGGCUGGUGAGCCACUUCCGUGGCCGCGGCGAAGAGCUGCGCGUCACCUUCACGGGGCACAGCCUCGGCGGCGCGCUGGCCCUGCUCGCCGCGCGCGACGCGGCCGCGGCGCACCCGGGCGUACCCGUCGCCGCCGUCACCUUCUCUGCGCCGCGCGUCGGCAACAGGGCGUUCUGCGAGGGCCUCACAUCGCGGGGCGUCAGGGUGCUGCGCGUCGCCGUCAGGCACGACGUCGUCCCCUUGGUCCCGAGCGUGCCCCGGGUGGUUGUCGACGCCCCGUUCUCCAAGGCUCUGGCCAAGCUGUGGGCGCUGACGGGGCGGCCGCCGUCGUGGGCGUACGUGCACGCCGGCGACGAGCUCGAGCUCGACGUGAGGAAGUCCCCGUUCCUGAAGCACGCGUACGACGUGCUGGGGUUCCACAACCUGGAGACGUGCCUGCACCUGCUCGACGGCCGCGAGGGCGCCGCCGCCGCGUUCCGGCCCGGCGCGCGCCGGGACCUGGCGCUGGUGAACAAGACCUCCGGCAUGCUACGCGACGAGGCGCGCAUCCCGGCAUGGUGGUACUUGCCGGCGAACAAGGGGCUCGUGCGCGACGCGCUCGGCCGGUGGGUGGUGGCGGAGCGGGAGCACGACGACCUGCCGGUGCCGGACGACCGGUUGCCUCUGUCAGAGCUUGACUGACGGCCUGACACGUGAGUUUCUGCAUUGCUCGAACUUGCAACAGAUGGCACAUGACUCAAAUGCGUAGAGUACGUGAUAUCAUAAGAUCCUGUUGAAUCUUAAACUUGGACAGCUGAUCGAUCGGUCGCCAAAAUACAACACAUACAAAGCACGAGAAAUUCUGGAACGACAACACAAGCUAUACUAUGCUACAACGUGAGUCA